AUGGCGAGCCGCGGAGGGCUCCGGCCAGAGGCGGGCAACUCCAGGCAGGCGGGCCCGGCGCCGGACGGCGGCGUGGAGAGCCUCAGCGGAGCCCCGCAGCCCGCCGACCCUGGCGAGCUGACCCGGCCUUCGGGCGGCAGGGUGGGCCGGGGGCGAGAGAGGAGCGUUCCCUCAAGAGCCUGGAGAAGCCGGGGGGAUUUUGCAAAGGGCCCUCGUAGGCUGGCGGCACUGUGGUACCAAGCUUACUUCGCCGAGACGGGCACGCAGCUCCUCGUCAAAGAUGAGGCUUGCGAAGGGCGGGCGGAGCCGGCCGCCCUGCUCAUGACGCCCGCGUGCCACGGGGAAGGCGCCACGCUGGUGUGCCUGAUCCAGGGGCUCCCCUACUCGUGGCCGGUCAGCGUGAUCUGGAAGCGCGACGGCGAAGUCCUGAGCGAGGCCAUCGCCACGGAGCACGAGCGGGCCCGGGCCCGGGCCGAGUGCGACUUCGUCGUGGCCAGCCGCCUGCGCCUGAGCGCCACGGAGUGGGCGAGCAGUCACGAGUACACGUGCCUCGGCCGGCAGGGCGAGGUCGCCACCAAAGAGUCCUCGUUCCGGAGCACAGGCCAGCCAGUUUUGGACUCCUUCAAGGUUCAUCUUAGUCUUUGGGCAGGGCAGGUCGUUUUCUUGCUCCUGAUUGCCAAGAGCUUUGUCUAUGGCAGCAUUUUGGGGAUCUACACAAUAUAUAAGAAAAAAGGUUUCUAGUGGGGCUGUGGAGAAACACUUCACCCCAUGGCUGGAAUUGCCUCCUGCAACAGCAUUAUGAUCCUCUGCAGCUGAGAAAAUAUAUUUGCUUCUAGCUGGAGGUUGUUUUCUGCCCAUCUAGUGGGCCUGGAUGGGUCACUCAAUGAACUUUGUUCUGAAUUGCUCUUUCUUGUGCAACGUCCAACCCUAGUUUCCCAAGUAAUAAUAAAAAAGAUUUAAAGUUUCUUA